AGGUCACUCAUAUAAACAACACCGUCUAAUACAGACCUGUCAUGUCCCUUGAAUAAAGCUGUCUUAGUCUUAGUACGUGGAACUUAAACUAUUAAGUGUUUGUACAAGUCAAGAAAAUCCGUGACAAUGAAGACCCAGCAAGUGGGCGUGGACUACUGGGCAAUGGGCAAGGCGAUGUUUGUGUAUAUGGCCCUAACGGCUAUGUGCUGGGUCAUGCUCCGGCUUUUUAAUGCUGUGUUCAUGCUGCCGAGGCGCCUGCGCACCCAGCAACAGAACAUACAGAACACCCUGGAGGAACUACAGAAACGAUUCCCCGACUUAAAUAUCACGGAAGAAGACCUCAAAAACGCAGAAAAGGAACUUGAAGAGUUCACUCGAGAAGAGAAAGACAAAGAAAGAGAAAGCAAGAGUGAGGAGACGCCACAAAUAGAGGAAGACAAAAAAACAAUAUAACAAGUAGAGUACCAACGCACACCGCACUCACUACCUAUUUAUUUAUUACUGAACGUUGAGG